GACCUUACUACAAUAAUGAAUGGAGGCUCGUAGUAGACUGUAAAGUUUUGCGUCAAAGUAGUUUCAAGUUUGCCUCAAUCAGUUGGAUUUACAGAAGAAAUGGAUUGGCUUCGCAGCUCCGACUCAAUACUUAUGGAGAAGAAACAGAUCGAUACUUCAUAGCUUUUGGGCUGAUACAGUUUGUUUCAAUGGCGUGCAACAGAUGCGAAAUUCAACAGUUGAUCAAUUAAUUUAAGAUACAGCGCGAGUGUUAGGCUACUCCCAGUGUAUGGUUUUGCAGUAGCUGAGUUUGCUAUUUGUCAUGUGAAUUGACAACAUCUGGAAUGUAACAUUUAUCGUUAAGCGUGUUGUGAGCAAUCCAAAAAGAAGAAACAUUUUUAUUAUUUCUCUUGGACUGAGCUGUCAUUUUGCGUAACCAUGGGGAAUAUUGAGAGUGUGGAUGGACAGUCAGAAAUGAAGCAUCACAUAAUGCCACUGAAAGUCCCCAUGCCUGAUCCAAUGGAGCUAGAGGAGAGAUUUGCAUUAGUUUUGAAUUCUAUGAACUUGCCUCCCGACAAAGCCCGGCUCCUGAGACAGUACGACAAUGAGAAGAAGUGGGAUCUCAUCUGUGACCAAGAGCGCUUUCAGGUGAAGAACCCACCACACACGUAUAUCCAGAAGCUGCGGGGGUUUCUAGACCCUGGAGUCACACGCAAGAAAUUCCGCAGGCGGGUUCAGGAGUCCACCAAGGUCCUGAGGGAGCUGGAGAUAUCACUGAGGACUAACCAUAUAGGGUGGGUGAGAGAGUUCCUCAACGAUGAGAACCGGGGCCUGGACAUCCUGGUGCAGUACUUAUCCUUUGCACAAUGUGCUGUUAUGCUGGACUUUGAGGCGCUGGAGAACGGCGAUGACGGCACCCUGGACAAGGGCCGGUCCUGGAGCAGGUCCAUCGAGGAUCUGCACCAGAGCGGCACGCAGCCCUUCUGCAACACGCUGGUGCGCUCGGCUCGCCAGUCCGUCCUGCGCUAUGGCACAACCACCAACAGCAAAACCAUCAAGAACUCCCGGCUAGUCAGCCAGAAGGACGACGUGCACGUUUGCAUCAUGUGUUUACGAGCCAUCAUGAACUACCAGUAUGGCUUCAACCUGGUUAUGUCCCACCCCCAUGCAGUCAAUGAGAUUGCACUGAGUAUGAACAAUAAGAACUCCAGAACAAAGGCCCUGGUGCUGGAGCUGCUGGCUGCUGUGUGUUUGGUCCGAGGGGGGCAUGAGAUCAUCCUGUCUGCCUUCGACAACUUCAAAGAGGUGUGCAAAGAGAAGCAUCGCUUCGAGAAGCUGAUGGAGUACUUCCGCAGUGAGGAGGGCAACAUUGACUUCAUGGUGGCCUGCAUGCAGUUCGUCAACAUCGUGGUCCACUCGGUGGAGGACAUGAACUUCCGGGUUCACCUGCAGUACGAGUUCACCAAGCUGGGCCUGGACGACUAUCUGGAGAAAUCGAAGCACACGGAGAGCGACAAGCUGUCGGUGCAGAUCCAGGCGUAUCUGGACAACGUGUUUGACGUGGGCGGACUGCUGGAGGACGCCGAGACCAAGAAUGUGGCCCUGGAGAAAGUGGAGGAGCUGGAGGACCAUCUGUCCCAUGUGACGGAAAAGCUGCUGGAGGUGGAGAAUGAGACCAUCAUGAAAGUGGCCGAGUUGGAGAAAACGCUCCUGCAGAAAGACAAGGAUCUCUUGGCCAUACGGGAGACGUACGAGUCGGCCAGCACGCAGGUGCACACGCUGCGGCGCAUGAUGAAGGAGAAGGAGGUGGCCUUCCAGCGGCAGGCCAACAUCGAGAAGCGGCUGCUGGAGCUGGAGCAGCAGGGCACCAUCCGCCUGCGCAAGAAGCCCGACGGCGACAUCUCCAUUGAGGCGCUGAGCGCCGCCGGCGGGAGUGGCCUGGCCGGCGUGGUGGGGAUCCCCCUCGGCGACCUGGGAGGCGCCCUCCACGCCGGAUUCCCGCCGCCGCCAGCGGACGCCCUGAGCGGCAUGGGGUCCAUGCCCCCCAUGGUUGAAGCAGCGCCACCCCCACCGCCACCCCCUCCACCCCCACCGCCACCUCCACCACUUCCAGGUCCCAACUGUAUGGUCCCACCACCUCCUCCUCCUCUGAUGCUCGAUGGUCCAUCUAUGGUUCUCACCACUGGCCUAUCAGCUAUCAGGAUAAAGAAGCCGUGGAAGACCAAGUUCCGCCUCCCUGUCUUCAACUGGACAGCGCUGAAGCCCAAUCAGAUCAACGGCACCGUGUUCAACGAGAUCGAUGACGAGCGAGUGCUUGAGGAGCUGGAUCUGGAGAGGUUUGAGGAGUUGUUUAAGACCAAAGCUCAGGGCCCCGUGGUGGACCUCAUCAGCAAUAAGAGCAAGGUCUCCCAGAAGGUCUCUCAGAAGGUCUCGCUGCUGGACGCCAACCGCUCCAAGAACCUGGCCAUCACACUACGCAAGGCCAACAAGCCCACAGAGGACAUCUGCAAAGCCAUCCAGAUCUUCGACCUGAAGGCGCUGCCGGUGGACUUUGUGGAGUGCCUGAUGCGCUUCCUGCCCACGGAGUCGGAGGUCAAGGUGCUGCGGCAGUACGAGCGGGAGCGGCGGCCGCUGGACCAGCUGACCGAGGAGGACCGCUUCAUGCUGCACUUCAGCAAGAUCGAGCGCCUCACCCAGCGCAUGAACAUCAUCACGUUCGUGGGCAACUUCACCGACAACGUCAACAUGCUGAUGCCGCAACUGAAUGCCGUCAUUGCAGCUUCAGCUUCAGUCAAGUCAUCCCCCAAAUUAAAAAGAAUGCUUGAGAUCAUUUUGGCCUUGGGAAACUACAUGAACAGCAGCAAGCGAGGCUGCGUUUAUGGAUUUAAACUCCAGAGUUUGGAUUUGCUACUGGACACUAAGUCUACAGACAGGAAGAUGACACUCCUUCACUACAUUGCUCUGACCAUAAAGGAGAAGUACCCUGAUCUGGCCAACUUCUUCAAUGAGCUGCACUUUGUGGACAAAGCUGCUGCAGUGUCCUUGGAGAAUGUCUUGAUAGACGUGAGGGAGCUGGGGAAGGGCAUGGAUCUGAUCAGGAGGGAGUGCAGUCUCCAUGACCACUCCGUGCUCAAGACUUUCCUGCAGACCAACGACACCCAGCUGGACAAACUGCAGAAGGACGCCAAGACAGCAGAGGAGGCCUAUAACAAUGUGGUGCACUACUUCGGAGAGAGUCCCAAGACGACUCCGCCAUCUGUGUUCUUCCCGGUGUUUGUUCGCUUUCUCAAGGCCUACAAGGACGCGGUGGUGGACAACGAGCAGAGGAAGAAGCAGGAGCAGGCCAUGCGCGAGAAGCUCCUCGCUCAGGAGCAGAAGGAGCAGAACCCCAAGGCCCAGGUGCAGAAGAAGCGGCAGCAGCAGCACGAGCUGAUCGCCGAGCUCCGGCGGCGGCAGGCCAAGGACCACCGGCCCGUCUACGAGGGCAAGGACGGCACCAUCGAGGACAUCAUCACAGUGUUGAAGAGCGUACCCUUCACCGCCCGCACAGCCAAGCGGGGCUCACGGUUCUUCUGCGAAACCAACCUCUACGACGAGUCCAACUGCUAGCCCCAAACCCCCACCCCACCCACAACCCCUAAUGCUAAGAUCUCCGAAGCCAGCCCUUCCUGCGAGCUGACGCGGUGAUCCGGAAUGGGUGGAAGCGACCCUAAACACCCUCUUCCCCCCUCCUCCUCCUCCUCCUCCUCCUCCUCGUCCUCCUGCUUACACCUCCACCCCUGGGUGUGCUCCCUCAACCCCUUCGUGCUCCCCUCUCGCCCGAUGUUGCCUCUCCCUGCAGAUUACACUGACUAAAAGAAGACAGAAGCAUUGUGAUGGGUUUUUUUUUUUUUUUUUAAACAUGUGGGUGGUGCAUUUUAUUUCAUUUAUUUAUUUAUGGGAUUAAAUUCCUUAAUGGACACUGCACUGGAGGCUCUCUCUCCCCGUUGGCUAACAAACAGGCUUAAGACCAGAUUGAGUAUACUAUUAGCUGGACGACCACUUCUGCUCUACAUGCAAACAGAGAAGCACACAUUUGGACACACACCAAAGUGAGAGAGACACACUCUCACACAAGCUAAGAGUGUGUGUUUAGAGUUUGCCAACACAGGAAAGAGGGCUUCUGUGGGAACCCCUGUGAACGAAGUCCAUUUUGUAUCCCGAACGUCCAGAGGAACUGUUGACAAAAUGGCCAGAGACAGACAGUGCGUCGACCCUGAAGUGCCUGCCAGCAAAGAUCCCAUUUCCACUAACAUGGAUUUCCUCAUAUUGUGCAAUCCAAGCAGGACUGUUUCUGUGUAUCGGAGGACAGUCAAGUCAAGGUUCAGAGGCAGAGCAGCGAAUCCCCUAACUCAAGUUGCUGUGGAUUGCCAGGAGAUGUGUCUCCUCUCUCUCUCUCAAAGGGACAGCAGCCUAGCAUGGGAAAUGAUUGGUAAUGGCUUCGCUAGUCAAACCAAACCUCUUUUUUUGUUACUCCGUUGUCCUUUUAUAGAAGUGCCUUGUUAUUGUGACAGUAUUAUUUCUUAAAUAUGUUGUUUAAGUCUGGUUAAAAAAAUACUUGUUUUUUAAAUGUGCUUUGUAUAAUAACAUUGCUUAAAGUGCUGUACAUACAUAUGCAAGUUUUGAAGUUGAGUUGAUUAGACAGAAUGUGCAUUCCUAUGAUGAAUUUUAAGUCUUAAUUAAGGAGCAUAGUUACGUGCCUAACGAGAAAGGAGUCAACUCUCACUCUUAUUGUUAUCGAGCGUCAGAUGGGGACUGCACAAAGCGUGAUGAAGACUCCCGCACACGUCCCCAGGAAGACCACCUCCUUAGACAGAGCACAUUCUCAUACCUGAAACUUUGUGCCUUUAUUUGCCCACGACAGCCUUGAGCUACCCUGUAUCUGUACCUUUACAGAAAUCCACAACAAUGUCUCUUACACCCCCCCCCCCCCCUCAAUAUGAGGUUAAGCCUCCAGAACUCAUCACUGUUCUAGAAUCAGAUAAACAGAAUUGAGGUGAGCUAAUGAACUGCGGAACUUACAUGUCGGUUUGUUUUUCGGUCUCCUUUGACAGUUGAGGAUUUACAAAGGGGAUUGCAUGACUUGUUUUUCUCCCCCAUGAUGACUAAGGAGUCGAUUACUUUACAUGCCCAUUUUACAGAUAUGUACUGUAUCGUAAUCUCUACCGAGUUAUAACAUGCAAACUAUGUCCAGCCUUCCGUGGCCAAAUUACUUAGUGAGAAGCCUCGGUGAUGUUCUCCAGAGCUGCGUCUAAUGGAGAGUCUCUUGGCUGUCACUGUUCUCCCAUUAGUUGCCUUCAGUCAGGAAGUGGAUGGGAAUAAAAGUUAAUGUGGGGGAUUUGAGCCCAUCGCUGGAACCAUUUGGAGUAAACAUCUCCCCAUGUCAUUUGAAGCUGAAAUUGGGACCUUCGGACAAAGCAAUUGUUUAAGUCAAAACAACCAUCGAAUAAGCAAAAUGAUUGUGAUUGUAUUCACAAAUAGAUUUUGUUUGAAAAAGGGACAUCACACUACUUGUAUUGCCUUAAUGUUUUGGACAAACAGAAGUAUAUGCAACACUACCCUGACGGUGGGGAACUUCUAAACAUAUAUAUCUUUUUUUUUCUUGUAAAUUCGUAUGAGAAUUUGGAAAAGCAUUUUUUUUUCUCAAAGAAGAUUAAAUUGAGCCUGAUAUGUGAUGCAUGUUAUCUUUGAGAUGACAAUAAAACAUCCAAACAACA